UCUGACCUCCCCAGCCCACAACAAGUACAGCAGAGACUAGACAAGGCUGCAAGUACGGACAGAGCAGAGCUUGUUGUGCUGUAUGCAGGCAGACUGGCAAUCAGGGCUGCAGGCAGCAUAGCAGGAUCACCACACAGAAGGCCAACCUAUAAUUAUUUAGGCGACCAGGGGAAGGAAGGCAGGAAUUACAGUAUAAUGCGUGCAGCAUUUCUCUAGCUAGCACAGAGCACACAGCCAGCAGGGAAGCUCGUGUCCCCAGCCAGCUUACCAGUCCUGGAGACUCUGCUCCCCUUCCAGGGUACGGAUCCUUACUGUAGAGUCACAGCAACCCCCCUCCUGCUGCCACUGGGCGUCACAAUAAUUUCCUCAGUCGGUGGCUGACAGCAGCGGUGGCACCUCCCUGGCCCGCCGUCAGUGUGUGCGGCAGACGCUAUGGCAGCAGCACGGUGGGUAAUGUACAGCUGCGGAGCGCUGUCCCUGCUGCUGCUCGUUGUCAGUAUUGCGCUGCUGGUCGCGCACACCUUCAUGGACGCAGUUGAGAAAGAGGUGAAACAGGCUGUAGUACUCAAGAAUGGGACUGAUGUCUUUAAAGAAUGGAUCGACCCUUCUCCUCCAAUUUACAUGCAGUUCUACUUUUUUAAUGUUACUAACCCACUGGAGGUCCUAGAUGGAGAGAAACCUGUUGUAGAUGAAAUUGGGCCUUACACUUACCGGGAGUAUCGACCCAAAGAGGAUAUUGAGUUUCUAGAAAACGCCACUGAAGUGUCUGCUGUCAGCCCUAAAACCUACAUUUUUGAACCUGAGAAAUCUGUGGGGAAUCCAGGCACAGACUUUAUCCGAACAAUUAACAUUCCGGUUGUGACACUGUUGGAGAUGACAAGAAAUAGCGAUUAUUUUAAAUAUAUAAAACCAAUAAUGAAUGCAGCCAUGAAGACCUACAACGAAGGAAUGUUUGUCACACGACCCGUUCAUGAAUUGCUAUGGGGAUACAAGGACCCGAUUCUUUCUAUGGUUCACACGUUGAUGCCAAAUAUUAAUGACACGUUUGGUCUAUUCGACAAUAUGAACACAACAAGUGAUGGGACUUAUAUGUUUCUCACUGGUUUAAAUGAUUACAUGGAUUUUACCAAGAUUGUGGAGUGGAAAGGAAAAAGUAAUCUUACAUGGUGGACUACGAGCGCAUGCAAUAUGAUUAAUGGAACAGAUGGAACUACUUUUCACCCAUUAAUAAACAAAGAUGAAACUCUUUACUUGUUUUCAACAGACCUAUGUAGGUCCUUGUAUGCAACUUAUGAAACCUCUAAAAGUGUGAAGAACAUUGAUGUCUUUCGUUUCGUCCCCCCUGCCAAAGUUUAUGCCAAUGCAACUGUCAAUCCUGAUAACGCAGGAUUCUGUGUGCCAGAGGGGAACUGCCUUCCGGCAGGCCUGCUUAAUGUCAGUCGGUGCAAGCAAGGUGCACCCAUCAUAUUGUCACCUCCCCAUUUCUACCAAACUGAUGAAUCUGUUAUUAAAAGCAUAAUAGGUAUUAAUCCCAACAAACAAGAUCAUGAAACCUUCCUGGACAUCGAUCCGCUCACUGGAUUGUUAGUACAAGCUGCCAAGCGUAUGCAAGUCAAUGUCUACGUAAGGAAAAUUGCUGGCUUUGACAUUACUCAGAAUAUACAGACACUCUUUUUUCCAGUAAUGUACAUCAAUGAGAGUGCUCUCAUUGAUGACAAAACUGCGGAAAGUCUGAGGUCUACUCUCUAUAAAGCCAGACUGGUAGCGAAUAUUCCUUUCAUCAUCAUGGCAUUUGGAAUUAUAAUUGGCAUAGUAUUCCUCAUACUGGUUUGCCGUCAAGGCAGAAAAAGGGAAGAGGGCACAGAAGAAGAGACUGGGCCCCUUAUAAGAACAUCCUAAUUCAUUUAGAAGUACUCGUAUAUGAAUUAUGCAAAUCAAGUACUUUCACUUCAAACUGGAAAGUGAAAUAGAGUUUUUGUAAGAAGAGGAUCAGACACCAAACAGAAGAUGAUGUGAUGCUGAUUACAGCUUACCGUUGUGUCAGAAUCAUUCAGCACUGCAUUGCCUUUCCUACUGUGUUGUUAAAUCACCAAUAUAAAAUGAGCACAUUUUAACACAGUUAUUAUAGAUACAUUAUUUUUACAAAAUGCAACAAUGCAGGGGAUUACACUGCCACUAAAGGGUCAUAUUAUGGGUGAUUAGGUGGCAUUUCUUUCACAGUAGACGAUUUCUCAGGAGGUUUUGCCAGUGUUCACCAUGUUGCCAAUACAGCUUUGUUGACAAAUUUGGCCCAUUGCAUGCAAUGUUUACACGAACAUUAUCUACAUUCACUCCAGUCACCAAUAAGAGGGCAAUAGAUGUUGCAUCCCUUUCAUGAGAAUAUUGUUUGGUGACUGUGAUCUUAAGUGCAGUGUCCCUUGUGAGCGUACAGUACAUACAAUCAUGUAGCAGAUCUCAGUACCAGCUGGCGGCAUACCACUACCUUGGAUGCUGAUGCUGUGAUCAGUGCAUGUCAGUUUGUCUCAAAUAUAUAUUAUAGAUAUAGUUCCAGUGCAGUUUUAUCACAUUUACAGAUGCAUAUUUUAUAAAUGCCCGGAAAUCUGAAACUCUCCAUCCCCACCUAAUCUUUUAUUUCAAUUCAUUAAUUUGAUAUCUAGUCUGUACAAUUCUAAAAUGUAAGGUGACCUGAUUAAUCACUGAAUGAUUGCUUGAAAGUAAUACGUUCACAGAUAAGACAUACAGUAGUUCCUGUGUGGAAUGCAGUGCUGCAGUAAUAAAUAUAUUGGACCUACUGUAUACCUACUGCACAGGUCUAAACUGGGUGUAGUAUUGUAUGCCGGCGGCUGGGCUCCUGCCGAUCAGCAUACCUGCGCCGGGAUCCCGACCGCCGGCAUACCGACAGCGUGGCGAGCACAAAUGAGCUAUCUAAUCUCCCUCCAGGGGGGUCGUGGACCCCCAAGAGGGAGAAAAAGUGUUGGUAUGCUGGCUGUCGGGAUUCCGGCGCCGGUAUACUGUGCGCCGGGAUCCCGACAGCCGGCAUACUGAAGAUCACCCAUCUAAACCCAUGUAGUAUCCUAAAGAGAGUAUACAUGAACUGUUAACAAAUAGUCACACUGAUAAAUAAAACAGGCAUUUUAAUUUAAUUUUAAUUUGUACUAUGUAUGAAAACCACCAACAUAGUGCAUCUAUUAGCUGUAAGUGCAAAUGAUUGGAACAAUAAGAAGAGAAAAAAGUAAGUUGAAAAUAUGGAACAAGUUUUUGCCGCUGAUAUUUUGCCCAUUAUCCCUGAGACUUUGUGAUGAAUCUAAAAACAUGAGAAUGAGAAAAAUGAAUGAGAAAAAUGAAUAUUUAAUAGCAUAUGUGACAAUGCAGGAUCCUCCAUGGAAAGAAUAAGUGACACGUGCCUUAAGAUAGUGGCUAGUAAUAGUAGUAGCUCAGUGCUGUAGAAAUGACAGGGGUUGGACAGUUGAGGUUAUAUGAGCCUUAGAUCCCUCCCUGAGAUGAGACUUUCUUCACAUCUGCACUCACCUGGCAAACCACUCAGUAAUGCACAGUCACUGGUAUGCCCGAAUGAGUGGUUUCGCCUGGUCUUUGUUUUGUCGCAGCACCUUGUGGGCAGCACAGUUACACAGCAUAAUAAUCGGCAAGGAUAGGAAUGAAUGAUUACUGUAGUUAACUGAUUUGCUUUAUACAAACUUGGGAAACUCUGUUUUGCUUAAUUUUGCUGAUCUGAGUAUUAAGCAUAAUCCAUCUGUACAAACUAUGAACAGACUUGGGGAUCAGUGUCUGUGUAUUAUUGGGCAUGCCCUUGUGGCAAUGUGUCUGACUCCAAUUACAUUGUACCCCUCCCAAACCAUUUUAUUAUGAGAAGAUUAUCUGUCACGAAUAAUGGUACCUACAUGCACUACCAUUUCUGCCAGCCAAUUAGGUCCUUUAAGGAUCUAACAUUCAGGUUUUCGUUUUGAUAGAAUAGAUAUGUCACAGCUUUGUCCCGUCAGAGUUGCAAGAUAAGUUGUAACAUGUGCGUAUGCUUCCUGUACAAUUGAUAGUCAUGAAUGCGUCCAGCAUUGGAGGUUGUGUUGUUGUUCCAGAGACCCCUUACUUGUAACUGCCUCCCAGGCAAUAUCGUGACAACUGUUUCUCGGAGAAUAAAGACCGUUUUCACUCUACUCACAUCUGUACAAUUUUGUAGAAUUUUCUGAAUCCACAAUUCGGUAAUAUUGAUACAUUUGAAUGUGUUAUUUAUGUUAUCUAGAUAUUAGUACACCUCAUAGGGGUAUCCAAUUACCCGUGGUCAAUGGCCGCAGGUAAUUGUAUCACCAGGGUGCUAUCCUGUUAGCCCCAAUGUGGCCUGCUCCUCCCCCUGAUGCCGGCAUUUAUCGCAAAUUAUGCUUUGGGUGCCUCAGGAACAAUGGCCCUCAUUCCGAGUUGUUUGCUCUCUAGCUGCUUUUAGCAGCAUUGCACACGCUAGGCCGCCGCCCUCUGGGAGUGUAUCUUAGCUUAGCAGAAGUGUGAACGAAAGAUUAGCAGAAUUGCGAAUAGAAAAUUCUUAGCAGUUUCUGAGUAGCUCGAGACUUACUCCUACAUUGCGAUCAGUUGUCAGUUUCGUUCCUGGUUUGACGUCACAAACACACCCAGCGUUCGGCCAGACACUCCCCCGUUUUCCAGCCACUCCCGCGUUUUUCCCUGAAACGCCUGCGUUUUUCCGCACACUCCCAGAAAACGGUCAGUUUCUGCCCAGAAACACCCACUUCCUGUCAAUCACUCACCGAUCAGCAGAACGAUGAAAAAGCUUUGUUAUGCCGUGAGUAAAAUACCUAACUUUUGUGUAAAAUAACUAAGCGCAUGCGCUCUGCGAACCUUGCGCAUGCGCAGAAAGCGACUAAUCGCAGUAUAGCGAAAAUCGGCAACGAGCGAACAACUCUGAAUGACCCCCAAUAAGCGGGCUGCCAGAGCUGUGAUAACACAUGGGAUCAGGGACUGCGAUUGCGGAUCCAUUUUUCGGCCGAUGAAUAUGGCCUGUAAUAGAAUACCGCAAUAAUGACUAUUGGUCAUUAAUCGCAAUAUCAGGCUGUUUUUAUUGGCUGUAAAUGCAUCGGGGCUAACUGGAUACUCCCUAUAGUUAGAUACAAGUGGUUGGAUCAGUAGUGUGAUCUGCCUGUCAAUAACAUAAUGGGUGUAGAGUAAUGCCAGGAGCAUAGCAAGAAGCAUAGAGAAUGAUAGUUUUCUUAGUAAGUUAGUAUAACUACAUUCCUGCUCUGCUACAAAUAGAUGUCCUUAUUGUCAAACACUGCACAUUCACAUAUUCACCGUUUUCUCCACAGUGUAAUAUCAUUUUAUUUUAAUACGGUAACUGCCAAAUAAGACCUUGGGGCCAAUGUACUAUCACGCGACUUGUAGGCAUCGGCGAGUCUGCCUGAUAUUUUAAAGGGGCAAUCAUUUAAAAAGCAAAACCAACAUGGUUUUGUCUUUUAAAUGAUUGCCUCUUUAAAAUAUCAGGCAAACUUGCCAGGAACUCGCUAAUGACUGCAGUGUACAGGGUAUUCCUUUUCCCCCAUGUCUGUUGUGUCUAUCACAUUGCUAUUUUUACUAAGUUACCUGAUCUUUCUGAUACAAUAUUAACUACCAGUUGUAGUAGAUACUGUUGUCUGUAUGGCGCAGGUUUUACACUAUAUUAUUAAAACAAAUCAAGAUUAAUAAACGGUUUGGCCACUA